AUGGUAUCAUAUCCACUAAUAAACCCACCUUCAGAUUCUAAAAAGAUGACUAAGCCAACUUCAGGAAACUCAGCCGAAAGCAUUCAGGGUAAAGGAUUACAUAGAGAAGAAUUAAGAGCAUUUUAUGAAAAGGAUGCUAAGGAAGACGAAAAAAGUAAAGCAGAGACAGCUCGCUUAUUGGCUACUACCUAA